AUGGAGAAGGAGAAGCACAAAUGGGAACAACCACAAGGUGGAUCAUUGGUUUGGUGGGUGAAAUUAAGAGGUGGGGCGAGCAAAACAAGAGGUCGUUGCCUCUUGUUGUUCAUCGGGAAAAGAAAUCGCCACAUAUUGGUGUUGUACUGGUCAAGAGAAGAGGAUGAGAUGAGAGCAACAAUUGUGCUCUUCGUCUCAGAAGGAAGGAAUUGUGAAGGUAAAGUAGGUGUGAGUGAGUUUCGGGUUGCUUGGGAGGUUGCAUUGUGUUUGGAGGUGAUUUCUUCACUACAUUGUGUUGUGUUUGGAGUAUUAGGCUGGGUUGAAUCUUGUGAUUUCCUUCACGUAUUACGGAUUAUGCAGGGUAGUAAUUGCCACAUCCGAGUGGAGAUAGGCUGUAGCCAUUGUGUCCCAAAGGCUCGACGAAUUGAACAAGGGGGAUCGAGUAUGCCCCAUGUGCCCAAAUUGGUUCGGGUACGGGAGAUCGAGCUGAGCCAUUGUGUCCCAAGGGCUUGA